AUUUCCUCCUUCAAACCAACCCAUCUCUCUCUCUCUCUCUCUAAAAAACACACACACACACAAAAACAAACCCUCGAUUAAUUAAUAGAUUCAUCUCUUGAUCAUGAAGCGCAACUGCAAUUUGGAGCUUCGCCUCCUUACACCUUCCGUCUCCUUCCAUCUCUCCGAUCGCAGCCACUUGGAUAUGAAUGAGAGUCCAAACAAAACGCAGCAGCUAACGAUUUUCUACAAUGGAAAAGUUGUUUCGUGUGAUGGUACAGAGCUUCAGGCGAGGACGAUAAUAUCGCUGGCGAGCGGAGAAAUGGAGGGGAAAUGGAGCAAGAAUUCGCCGUCGGCGGCGGCGAUGAAUUCGCCGGUGUACGGCGCGGCGACGGGGAUGUCGAUGAAGAGGUCGCUGCAGAGAUUUCUGGAGAAGAGAAAGACUAGGGCUCAAUCAAUAUCUCCAUACUAGAUCACACACACCAUUGAUUAUUUAGUUAAUUGUUUGUUAAUUAGGUAUUGGAUAUUUUGGAGUUGGUUAAUUGAUUUGAUUGCUGUCGUUGGUGGUUAUAGGCGACGAGAUUAGAUGCAUAUUAAGGGAAUAUUUAUUUGUAUUGGGAUGUUUAGAAAAGGUUUGAUUAAUAUUCGAUGUAAAUUAGUUGCUGGGAAAUAGUAUAAUUUAUUAAAUUGCUUCUUCUUUUUUUGUGAA